AAAGAUCACUUAUUAUCUGCCUGGAAGAGAGCGACCAUCUGGUAUGGCCAAUCAAAAAUAUGGCUUGAAGAUGGCCAUCGCACGUAGUGCGAUUUAGUUUCAUUGUUGCUCUUAAACAAGUUACUAGGUCGUAGCACACGCGCAUGCCUUCAGAGGCAUAGUUGUUUAGUGAGUGCACAGCAUUAGGAAGAUUUGUGCGUGAAACAUUAAUGUUGUACCAAUACAAACAGAGAAAGAUUAUCAUACGUACAGAAUGGGACGUGCAAGGUGCUGCGGAAUUGCCUUGAUACCGUUGUGCCUUUUACCGUUGGUUGUUUCAAGUUUAGCACAAAGCUGUGGCGAACGAAAGGUUUUCAAUUCCUCUGUUGUAAACGGUACCGAAGUAAAGUAUGGCUAUUGGCCAUGGCACGCAGCUAUCUAUGACAAAAGGUCUGGUUCAGUUACGUGCGGUGGAACGAUUCUGAACCAGAAUACAAUUUUAACCGCGGCUCACUGUUUGGAGACGGCGAAUGGGUGUAUUGCAGUGGAGCUCGUCAUAGUGAAAGUUGGACGAAGUCGACUACGCGUAGCUGAUAAACGCGCACAAAAACACGAGGCGCUCGAGUUAAUCGUGUAUCCGGGUUAUAACCGCGACACUAACCAACACGAUAUUGCUCUGAUAAAGCUCGCAACCAACAUUACCUAUACCGACUAUAUACAACCGAUAUGCUUGUGGAAUCGGGGUGAAGAUCAGAACGCGAUCGUUGGCUCUUGGGGCACGGUGAUCGGAUUCGGCAUUAAUGAGACGAAUAAUCCUACCAAUACGUUGCGUGAGACCAGCAUUCCCGUCGUUGCCACUGAUAUCUGCAUCGAAGGCAAACAGGACAUAUUAGCAACAUUCAUUACCUCAGAUAUGUUCUGCGCAGGCAAUCGUGAGGAAAUCAAUGCUUGCAACGGUGAUAGCGGUGGUGGUUUUUUCCUCAACUACACUGACACGUGGUACAUUCGCGGUAUAGUGUCGUUCAAACAGUAUCGCGACGAAACGAAUACAACUGACACAACGGAAUACAUCGUGUUUACGGAUGUGGCGAAGUAUUUGAAUUGGAUUCAAGAACACAUGGGUGAAACGGAUGGUCAACCGACUGAGAAUGAAAACAGCAAAAAAAUCGAAUUGCUACCAAUGUCCACCUGCGGUGGCAAUAGGUAUCCCUACAGGUCGGAAUCCUUAAAGCCGGUUUUGCAUGGUUACCCUUGGGUGGCUCUAUUGGAGUAUACUGAAGAUACAGAUGAUAGUGAUGAGUAUACAUCACACAAUGAGACUUUAUGCCAGGCGACAUUAAUAAGUAAAUUCUACCUUAUAACCAGUGCGAGUUGUAUUUAUGACAUGCCUAAGAGAUACAUCUUAUCAUCCGUAAGGCUGGGAGAGUACGACAAGGACCAAACGAGGGACUGUGCCGUAGUGGAUAGUCGAAUGAUAUGUUCGCCUCCGCUCCAAAUACGAGAGAUUGCUUCGGUGAUCACGCACACGAACUACAAUGACCAGACAAUGGCGAAUGACAUUGCACUUAUUCGACUGCGAUACCCAGCGGACAUUAGCCAACCUAAUGUGAAGCCGAUCUGUUUACCAGUAACGAGUGAGCUUCGCAAUCAGCAGUCAACCCACUACACACUUACAACGUGGGUAACUUGUCCUGGUACCAGCUUACUAGAAAGCUCGCUACGUGAGGUUAUCGAUUUGACCGAGUGCCAGGAAUCGUACCACAACAACUCCCGGGAGAUAACGACAUCCCAAUUAUGUAUGAAGCAGCAACAUGAAAUCGGCCCAGAUUGCAAGUUGCCAACUACAGGGGCUACUUUACAGCUUGUGCAGGAACUAAAUGGAAAAAGUCGUUAUGUUCUGCAUGGAUUCUUAUCUUAUGGACCCGAUGACUGCGACUUUGAUUUCCCAGACGUGUACACAAGCAUUGCCAGCUAUGUAGACUGGAUUCUAAAAAACAUUGAAAAAUGAUAGCAAAGCCUAGGAAAAGCAUAACGGCCACGGAAACGGAAACGGAAAAAUAUUAGUAAAAUAGUACUUCAAUGAAGCUAGAAUAUACUACACUACACUUCUCGCUUUAUCACAUGAUAGAGGCCCAAACUUGAAAUGGAAAACUGAUGAACGUGCUCUUUGUUAUAGGACGCAACAGCAUCUUUGCAUUUAAAGCCAAGGCAACAGCUGAUAUAUCAAGAUACAAUUUAACGCGCCAGUUGUGUCCUCAGUAAAAGGUAGUAAGGAACUUCUUGUCGCUAAAUUGAUCAUAAAGGUUGUAAGAAAUAAUCUUCUUGUUUUCUUAUUUAUUUUGAGAAUUUUGUGGGUCUGACACUACGUACAACCUUUACUCUUCUAUUUGUACAUAAAUUAUAGAUAAUUCAUACCUUACGGCAAGUGCGUACGAUUCUAAAUCCCUAGCUUUAAAACACAGAGUAGUCAAAUUUGAUGUCCAGGAGAGAAAAAUGCUCAUUAAAUUGCCUACACAUUGUAAAGCAUCGUUGUACGAUACUGCAGUUCUCGUAUACUGAUUGUACAAAAAAAAAAUCAGCUAUCAGGAUUGACGUUUACAAGAUACGUUCCGUAUGUUUUACCACAGAGACUCGGUUGGCUCUCGCUAGCGGUAAGUUCCAAUAUCGACAGGUGAAGCCAAUCUGCCGUUCCAUAUUCUCUUUUCUCCCACAAUAGAGAAGAGAGUUGUGAUAAUAGAGUUAAUCUUCACCGUUUAUCAUUGUACAGUGGAAUACACCAAUCCGCUGAUCACAAGGAGAAAGGGUACAACGUUGGAUGCCACGGCCUGAAUCACUCCUCAGUCUGAUCCCAUCCUAAGGUGGAAUUGUAGUACUCCUUACAAGGCCGUUCGAGCUUUGCGCCCUGUGAACGAUUCUCUUCUGCUGUUGUUGCUGCCCAAAUGGUUCCAUGUUGAGUGUUUUCUAACAACAACGCUCUGUCUCAAGAGAGUGCUCAAUGUAUGCCCCAAAAAGAGCGAUCUUCUGCCAAGGUCAAUGUAACGCCAAGAAUAGCCAUCAGAAGCAACCGGUUUCAGUUUCAUCGCUGCUGCUCAAUAAGCUGGCAGCUUGAAGUUCACGCACGUGCUUAUAUUGCGUGGUAUAUCAGUAAAGUUUUUGUUUAGGAUCUCUCCAAUGAAUCCAAUUUAAACUUAAGAUAUUAUUUUU